AUGCACCCUGGCUUUGCUGCACACCAGUUUGUUAAAUGGAUAGAAGAUGGCAUCCCCGAGGACCCGUUUCUGAACCCAGAGCUGAUGAAAAACAACCCGUGGGUGGAGAAAGGAAAAUGCACCAUCCUCUGAUGGGCCCGCAUCGACCUCGCCAGCCGGCAGCAGAACGGCUCCUACUGACUUAGUUGCUCUUGCGUUAAUGCUGAAUGUACUUUUUUUUUUUUAUUAGUUAGUUUCCUACUAUGACCAACUGAACAAAAACCCUACCCUCCUCUUGUCUUAUUAUUUCUACUAGUAGAAGUGUUUCUUUUUUAUGUCGGGUAAAGAAAACAUACGCAGGAUGGGCAAAAUUGUUCAGAGAAACACUGAUUUGCAUUGCAGCCGGGACCUGGAAGCAGCAACACCAAACAGGCAAAGGCGCCUCUUGGGUUAUCCCUGAGUUUCCAAUUACAAACCUUCCCUUGCCUCCGCCACCACUGCUGUGAACCUGACAGCCUCUUUGAAAGUAUAAGGGAAGAACACUUUUAUAAGACGUUUUCAGUAAUUUUACAUAUCCUUUUGUAAACUGUAGAACAUACAAUUUUGCAGCAAAACAGGCAAAAUAUGACAACUAAGCGUUUAUAAGUGAAAUAAACAGAGCUAGACCUCA